UCGGCUACCUGGACGUGCGCGACAAGGGGCGCGCGGCUCAGCCCGGAGGCUCUGGGCAUUCGCCAGGUACAGAUCCUGAGCUUGCGCCGCAGCCUCAGCUAUGUGAUCCAGGGUAUGGCCAACAUUGAGAGCCUCAACCUCAGCGGCUGCUACAACCUCACCGACAAAGGGCUGGGCCACGUGUUUGUGCAGAUCGGCUCGCGGUGCGCACUCAACCUGAACCUCUGCAAGCAGAUCACUGACAGCAGCCUGGGCCACAUCGCCCAGUACCUCAAGGGCCUGGAGGUGCUGGAGCUGGGCGGCUGCAGCAACAUCACCAACACCGGCCUCCUGCUCAUCACCUGGGGCCUGCAGCGCCUCAAGAGCCUCAAUCUCCGCAGCUGCCGCCACCUCUCGGACGUGGGUAUCGGGCACCUGGCCAGCAUGACACUCAGCGUGGCCGAGGGCUGCCUGGGCCUGGAGCAGCUCAUGCUGCAGGACUGCCAGAAGCUCAUGGACCUAUCCCUGAAGCACAUCUCCUGGGGACUGACCGGCCUGAGGCUCCUCAACCUCAGCUUCUGCGGGGGCAUCUCUGACGCUGGCCUCCUGCACCUGUUACACAUGGACAGCCUGCGCAGCCUCAACCUGAGCUCCUGGGACAACAUCAGCGACACGGGCUUCAUGCGUCUGGCCAUGGGCAGCCUGUGCCUCUCGGGGCUGGACAUGUUCUGCAACAAGGUGGCGGAACAGAGCCUGGCUUACAUCGCGCAGGGGCUGGAUGGCCUCAAGUCCCUGUUUGGGUGCCACUUGUUGAGGUCCUUUAAUGGACCAGAACCUGGUGGUCUGGAGUCGACCAAUAAGAAAGUAAAGGAGAGAGAAAGAGGCUGAUAUUCCUUGGUUUACGCAGAAAGCAAAUAAAGCCCCUGCACAGGGCCUGCUCUGUUCACGAAGGCCUCAGGUGCCCUUGCAAUAGGGUGAAGGCACAGAGCGCCUUCUCAAGAGGGUCUUAGAAGCCCAGGCAGGAAUGUGAACCCAGAGGACCUCUGUGCUCCAAGGAAAUAGCCUGAGAGAGAGGGACAAAGAGAGACAGAGAGAGACA